GUAUAAAUACAGGGGCAUAUGCCAAGUGCGGCAUCGACUCUCAGCGCAUUGUGGCUGUGCUUCCCUUUGGCAUUAGGAUUCUUGGUUGCAGAUCACCAGCUCAGUCAUCUGUGAAGAUGGAGUCAUACGCUGAUGGCGCCAGAUUUGAUUGCUUGCUAUUUGACAUGGACGACACUCUCUACCCACUGAGCUUAGGGAUCAACUUAGCAUGCCGCAAGAACAUACAAGAUUAUAUGCUCCACAAGUUGCAGAUUGAAGAGAGCCAGGUUCCCAAGAUGUGCCUGGAUUUGUACAAGGAGUAUGGAACCACAAUGGCCGGCCUGAAGCUUUUGGGCUAUGAUUUCGACUAUGACGACUUCCACGCCUGUGUCCAUGGUACACUGCCGUAUGAAAAGCUCAAGCCUGACCCCGUCUUGAGGCAGCUGCUACUUUCCUUGCCACAGAGGAAGAUAAUUUUCACCAACUCUGACAAGGCCCAUGCGGCAAGAGUCCUGGAGAAGCUUGGGCUAGAGGACUGCUUCGAAGGCAUCAUCUGCUUCGAGACCCUGAACCCGCCAACUGAACAAGCUGCCAAUGAACAGAAGAAUGCAGAUGAAGCUGACACUGAUGGAGGCAGCAGAGAGGGUUUUGACGACCCAGCCCCUCCCAGAGGAAUCCUGUGCAAGCCGUCUCUCGAGUCCAUGGAAGCUGUCAUCGAGAUCGCCAAGCUCGACGCCAAGAGAACCGUGUUCUUCGACGACAGUGCGCGCAACAUCGCCGCGGGGAAGGCCGCCGGCUUCCACACCGUCAUUGUGGGGACCUCAGCGCUGGUGGCAGGCGCGGACGUGGCGCUGGAGAGCAUCCACAACAUCAAGGAGGCCCUGCCGGAGCUCUGGGACGCCGCCGGCGAGCACGUCCAGGCGGUCCUCCGGCCCGCCGCCGUCGAGACCACGGUGCUCGCAUGACCACGGAACCGUCACGGUCGCGUCCACGAGUACAUAUGUAUCCUGUGCCGUGUCCGUGUGAAAUGUGCUGGAGUGCGGUGUGACUGAUCAAGCACCGUAGUAACAACUAAUAUUUGGAACUAAUAAGGUUUGGGAAAUGAAAUUUUAUGUGGAACUCCUGUGCUUCAUUUAUGAUGGCACAAUCCUUUGCGAAAAGGAUGAA